AUGCCAGAUUUAGGGAAUCUGUCUUUGUCUUCGACUCUCACACUCACUCACUGCACCUCUGAUGUCGCAGAUGCUCCCGUCAAAACCCUUCCUAAUGGCUUCUGUUCAGAGCCUGCCUUCGAGCCUCGGGUUUUGAAGCGCACCCGUGGCUCCCUGGAUAGGGUCAAGAAGCCCGCCUCUGACAAAGCCUUCCAGGAUCGCCUCAAAGAUCCCUUCUCUCAUCCUUUUCUUGUUGGUGCUCCCAAGAUGGGUGAAUGUUGUUUUUGCCGCCAUUUUAUCUACCCUGGGGAGGAGCUAUUGUGUACUGUUCGCGGAUGCGACGCACGCUAUCAUCCCGAAUGUGCAAAAGAAUCUGUUGGGGCUACCAGUCUGAAAAAAUUCAAGUGUCCACAGCAUGUGUGCUUCAUUUGCAAGCAAAAAAAGCAAUUGAGGUGUGUACGUUGUAAAAUGGCAUUCCAUAGUAAAUGUGCACCAUGGCCAGAUGCAGUGUUGCAGCUAAAAGAUUAUCCUGGGCAAGCUGUUUGCUGGAGGCAUCCUUCUGAUUGGCGUCUGGAUAGGAAGCCUGAUGCUUCAACAAGUGACAUUUCGGAAGUAUUCUGUCGCUUACCUCUUCCAUUUAUCAGCGAGGAGUUUAAGAUUGAUUCCACGUGGAAAGACAUGGACAGUAAGAUGGAGCAGCCACCACCAUAUGUACACAUAAGACGCAAUAUAUACUUAGUAAAGAAGAAACGUAGUAAUGUGGAUGAUGGUGCAGGGUGUACCAGUUGCAGUUCUUCAUGUUCUGAUAAUUGUGUGUGCAGGGUUCAAUGCAUAAGCUGUUCUAAAGCAUGUCGCUGCUCAGAAAAUUGCAAUAAUCGUCCAUUUCGCAAGGAGAAAAAGAUCAAGAUAGUCAAGACUGAACUUUGUGGAUGGGGAGUGGAGGCCGCUGAAACAAUUGAUAAAGGUGGAUUUAUAGUGGAGUAUAUUGGAGAAGUAAUUGACGAUGCUUUAUGUGAGAAGAGGCUCUGGGACAUGAAAUACAGGGGUGUACAGAAUUUUUACAUGUGUGAGAUUCGGAAAGACUUCACAAUCGAUGCAACUUUCAAAGGAAAUAUUUCACGCUUCUUGAACCAUAGCUGUGAUCCCAACUGUGUUUUGGAAAAGUGGUUAGUAGUGUCAAAUACCAUCGUACUCAUCCAUGCAUUCCCUCUUCAGAGAUUCAUAAACAGAUAUGUGGUUUCCUAG